AUGAACGCCCCCAAUCGUUUUGAGCUUUACGUGCUGGACGAAGGCGAGGCGCCAGUGGAGGUCAAUGAAGAUACCAAGAUUCCCAAUGCUGCCACUAUCAAAAUACUCAAGCAAGAUCACACCCUCGGAAACAUGCUUCGGGCUCAGCUCCUCUCCAUGCCUGAAGUUCUAUUCGCAGGAUACAAAGUCCCACAUCCCCUUCACCCUCACUUCUUGCUCAAAAUCCAAACCGAUGGCACGAAGGCUCCAGACCUCAUACUAUCUGACGCCUGCAAUUCACUCAUUGGAACCCUAUCCUCUCUUGAAGCCAAGUUCAAACGAGAAUUCGCGUUC